CUCUUGAUGAGUAGCUGUCGCCGUUCAUGUUGGCGAUCGCAAUUAGAGAUUGUCCGAUGUAUUUGACAAGCUCCCAGUUGAAAAAAUUAAUGGAGUUGCUCUGAGGCUUUGAUGGGCCUAAUUUUCUGCGAGGGUCGCGAAAGUAAUGCGGCUGCUAGCGUCAACUCCUUGCUCGCGGCGAGGCUACUUUUCUUAAGACGCGCCAGUCUAGACUCUGCACAUGUCCAGUUCUUCUGACAAUGGCGAAUUUUCGUGUCUCAGAAUGGCGCAAGCUACCUGUAAGUCUUGCAGAACUUUGUAUAGACACAACGCUGCGCUGCGGUCAAUCCUUCAGGUGGAAGAAGCUCCGAGAUGAUGAGUGGUCUUGUGCACUUCAUGGUCGAAUAUUGUCUCUAAGACAAGACUCUACCCAUGUACAUUAUCGAACCACAAGAUCCAAUAUUUUAUACCCUCCUAGCCCACCUUCAUCGGCCAGAUCUUCCGCCGUUACACCAAAUGCUGAAGAUGAAGAAACGGAGGCUUUGUUGAAGCAUUAUUUCAACCUCACACCUAAUCUGACCGCGAUGUAUGAACAAUGGUCAUCGGUAGAUUCCAACUUUAAGAAGAGAGCCCCCAAGUUCACUGGAAUUCGGAUCCUUAAGCAAGAUGCAUGGGAAGCUCUUGUUGGGUUCAUAUGUAGCAGUAAUAAUAAUAUUAUAAGAAUAUCACAAAUGGUUAAUAACUUAUGCUUACAUUAUGGUCCUCUCGUAGGUCAUAUUGAUGAUCAGGCAUUUCAUGACUUUCCGCCACCAGAAGCCCUCACAGGACCUGGUGUCGAAUCGCAUCUCAGAGAGCUUGGCUUUGGGUACCGAGCAGCCUAUAUUGCCAAGACAGCAAAGAUAGUUGCAAACGAGAAACCAGACGGCUGGCUCCAGAAUUUGUGCAAUCCGGAACCCUACGAUCCUAAUCCUGAUCAGAAACCCUUACCAGAAGGAGGCCGUGAAGGGUAUCGUGAAGCACAUGAGGAAUUGCUACAGCUUCAAGGCGUUGGGCCUAAAGUAGCUGACUGUGUUUGCCUGAUGGGAUUGGGAUGGGGAGAAGCUGUCCCUGUUGACACGCACGUGUGGCAGAUUGCUCAGCGAGAUUACGGAUUUGGCAAAGGAAAGCACAAGAGUCUAACCAAAGCAACCUAUGAUGCGAUCGGCGACCGUUUUAGACAGCUAUGGGGUAAAGAAGCGGGUUGGUCGCAAAGCAUUCUGUUCGCCGCCAACUUGAGGACGUUCUCGGAAAGGGUGGCAACCAAAAUCGAGGUCGAUGUUGAUGAGGUAAAGAUCAAGCAGGAAGAUGGCACCAUUGUGGAGUCCAAAGUUGUGGUCAAGCGUCAGUAUGUUGUAGACGAGGUCAAGGAAGAGCCCGAUGAUGAUAAAGCCAGUAUCAUAGACAUAGAGACUUCGAGGUCACAAAGAGCAAAACGAAGAAGGGCAUGAGAAGAAUGUUCUUUGGUAGUAUGUAGAUUAUGUAAACUAGGUAAACGAAGCAUAAGCAAAAGACUCU